CAGCAAACAACGCUCCCCCCACCCCAGGCCACACAGGCACGUGGACCCAGGCCUCACCGUGGGAAGGGGGUGGUGACAGGCACAGAAGAGAUUGCUCCAGAUGAGUUCUCCUCGCCUUACUUCUCUUCCUUAGAACUCAGGACACAACUCAGGUUUUAGUUCUUGACUUCCUCCACCCCUCGCCUGCACCCUGAGUACCCAAUUCCUUCUUGUUAUAUAUCUCCUAAUUCUGGACUCUUCCCAUUCCAGGGCAGCUCAGACUCUGCAGGAAAUUGGGAACAGGUACCCCCACCAUCUGCCCCAUACCACCCAGGCAGCUGCUUCUCAGAGGUGAAGCCAGGCGGAGGGAUGAAAAUACAGUGUCCUCUUGAGGGGGCUGAGUUGAACCCCAAAACCCCUUCCUUGACCCCGCCUGCUCCAGAGAACACCUGUCUAAGCAGCAUCUGUGUGACUAGCAGAGGAAGGAAGAGCUCACCCCAGCUGGGCUCCUGAGCCAGGGCAAGGGCUCCAGUGAAACUUGCCGCGCUCCAGCUCCGAGUGGGGCCAUCCUGCAUGCCUAAUUGGCUAUUUAAGGAGCUGUUCACCAGCAGCCCAGGCAGCACCCCCCUCCACACAUACACCCGUCCAGAGCCACCUUAAAAGCAGGAGGCAGUUGUAAAGUCGCUGGCCAGCUAGUGGAGUGGAGACUGCAGAGGGAGAUAAAGAGAGAGGGCAGAGAAAGAGGCAGCAAGAGAUUUGUCCUGAGGAUCCAGAAACCCAUGGUACCCUACUGAACACCAAAUCCCCUGGAAGCCCACAGAGACAGAAACAGCAAGAGAAGCAGAGAUAAAUACACUCACGCCAGGAGCGCGCUCUCUCUCUCUCUCCCCUCCGCUUCCCUCCCUCUCUCUCUCUGCCUGUCCUAGUCCUCCAGUCCUCAAAUUCCCAGUCCCCUGCACCCCUUCCUGGGACACUAUGUUGUUCUCCGCCCUCCUGCUGGAGGUGAUUUGGAUCCUGGCUGCAGAUGGGGGUCAACACUGGACAUAUGAGGGCCCACAUGGUCAGGACCACUGGCCAGCCUCUUACCCUGAGUGUGGAAACAAUGCCCAGUCGCCCAUCGAUAUUCAGACAGACAGUGUGACAUUUGACCCUGACUUGCCUGCUCUGCAGCCCCACGGAUAUGACCAGCCUGGCACCGAGCCUUUGGACCUGCAUAACAAUGGCCACACAGUGCAACUCUCUCUGCCCUCUACCCUGUAUCUGGGUGGACUUCCCCGAAAAUACGUAGCUGCCCAGCUCCACCUGCACUGGGGUCAGAAAGGAUCCCCAGGGGGGUCAGAACACCAGAUCAACAGUGAAGCCACAGUUGCAGAGCUCCACAUUGUACAUUAUGACUCUGAUUCCUAUGACAGCUUGAGUGAGGCUGCUCAGAGGCCUCAGGGCCUGGCUGUCCUGGGCAUCCUAAUUGAGGUGGGUGAGACUAAGAAUAUAGCUUAUGAACACAUUCUGAGUCACUUGCAUGAAAUCAGCCAUAAAGAUCAGAAGACCUCGGUGCCUCCCUUCAACCUAAGAGAGCUGCUCCCCCCACAGCUGGAGCAGUACUUCCGCUACAAUGGCUCGCUCACAACUCCCCCUUGCUACCAGAGUGUGCUCUGGACAGUUUUCUAUAGAAGGUCCCAAAUUUCAAUGGAACAGCUGGAAAAGCUUCAGGGGACAUUGUUCUCCACGGAAGAGGAGCCCUCUAAGCUUCUGGUACAGAACUACCGAGCCCCUCAGCCUCUCAAUCAGCGCAUGGUCUUUGCUUCUUUCAGCCAAGCGGGAUCCUUGUACACCACAGGAAGAAGAGGCUGGAAAACCGAAAGACUGUGGUCUUCACCUCAGCACGAGCCACGACUGAGGCAUAAAUUCCCUCUCAGAUACCGUGGAUGUGGAUGACUUCCCCUAAUGCCUAUCGGGAAGCCUCUAAAAUGGGGUGUACGGUCUGGCCAGAAACACUGUAGAAGUAGUAGGCAGAUGUCCUCCUUCCCCUGGACAUCUCCUACAGAGAGGAAUGGACCCAGGCUGUCAUUCGAGGAAGAACUGCAGAGCCUUCAGCCUCUCCAAACAUGUAGGAAAUGAGGAAAUCCCUGUGUUGUUAAUGCAGAGAACAAACUCUGUUUAGUUGCAGGGAUAUAUCCCAAAGUCCUCUACCCCCUUACUUUUAUGGCCCUUUCCCUAGAUAUACUGCAGGAUCUCUCCUUAGGAUAAAGAGUUGUUGUUGAAGUUGUAUAUUUUUGAUCAAUAUAUUUGGAAAUUAAAGUUUCUGACUUUAA